AUGUCAUCAUCAGCAUUGUCUUUCCUAAUUCUUGCAUCUUUGAUGAUGAUAUCUUAUGGUCGACCAUCAUAUAGUCCACCUCAAAUUGUGCCUUUUAUUUUUCCACCUGUUAAUACGGAUGGUAGUCGUGUUAUAGCUCCAUCAAAUAGUCCAAAUCGAUUAAUAUAUGUUAUUGAACAUAUUAUUAGAUAUAUUUCAUCAAUAAGAUCAAGUGAAAAUUUUAUUGAAAAUGUUGUCAAUCGUCACAAAGAACCAGCUGACAGAAUGAAAGUUCUUACAUUUUUAACUAAAUGUUUUGAACUUACUCGUAAUGUUAUUGAACGUGAACUUGAUUUGAUGUUAGCAACAUCUGAAACACCAGACAAACCUUUACAUUCAUCACCAUUUACAUUAGAAGAAUUACAACAAGCUCAAAGAAAACUUAAUGAUCUACUAACUAGUAUUGAAAAGCAAGUGGAAUCAUUGAAAACUUGGAUACCACCAACGAUGCCUUUUCUUGGCUUUUUUUAA